GGAACAAGCAAGAUUGCAAUAUCCUUGAUAUAUAACUCAUACUGGUGUUUUGCAAUUGUGUUAUGUACAUUCCUUGAAAGCCUGAGGCCUUGUAGCAUUUUGCCCUUUCCUACAAAAGCAUUCAUGGAAGGCACCAAAGGGCAUGAAGAUGUUAUGACUGUCGAUGUGCAUACUGCAAAAGAUCUCCUUGGCUCAGGUCACCAUUAUUUAGAUGUGAGGUCAGUUGAGGAAUUCAACAAGAGCCACAUUGAUAAUGCAAUAAAUGUUCCUUACAUGUUCAUCACCGAAGAAGGGAGAGUGAAAAACCCUGACUUUCUCACCCAAGUAGCUGCCAUUUCCGAGAAGGAGGAUCACUCAGUCGUGGGUUGCAAUAGUGGAGGCAGAUCAUUUCGUGCCUGUGUUGAUCUGCUUAAUGCGGGAUAUAAACAUGUAACUAAUAUGGGAGGGGGUUACUCAGCAUGGGUUGACAGUGGCCUUGCUGGUGACAAACCAGCAGAAGAGCUUAAAACUGCUUGCAAGUUUCGCCCUUGAAAUGCUGAUUGAUACACCUUAUUUGUAUGUUGAAGCCAAAGCAUUUGUAUGUGUGUGAUUACUGUGAAGUUUAAUGGAUUUGAGCAAAGGAGAAAAAUCAGACAAAGGAUAAAAGAGUUCAGUGUAUGAUUGUUUGGAAAAUUGUACCGUAUGAUAACAGUUUGAGAUACUACCAAGUUCAUUUCUUUUU